UGCCUGCUUCACAAAAACAGAACAAAGCUGGAAAAUUUAUCUCAAAUAAAAAAUAAUUUAUUGGUUUCCAUUGAAUAUAUUAUCGCAAUUUUCACUUUAGAAAUAUAAUGGGUUGCGAUGGUGGCACUAUACCGAGGCGUGACGAGUUGGUUCGCUUAAAGAAAAAACCAGAACAGAAAGACAAGGAUGCGGAACGGCAGUUCCGAUGGAAGCACUGCAAUCUGACCCAGGAACGUCUCCAGCAGCCGAUCGUAAUGUGCGGCCUUGGCAGAUUAUACUCCAAACAGAACGUCAUCGAACACCUGCUAGAGGGCAAAAUGCCCGAAGCGUGCGUUCACAUCAAAUCGCUCAAGGACAUCAAAGAUCUGAAUCUGACGGCCAACCCGGCGUACGAAGAAGCUCAGGACGAUAAAAGUGCUCAGUUCAUCUGCACCCUGAUUGGACUGGAAAUGAGCGGACAGUUUCGAUUCGUUGCCCUCUGGAAGUGCGGUUGCGUGUUCUCGGAACGAGCGUUGAAGGAAGUUAAGGAUAAAAAUUGUUCUGUUUGCCUGACUCCAUUCUCAGAGGAAGACGUCGUUAUACUGAACGGCACGCAAGAAGAUAUGGAUCUUAUGCGGACACGCAUGGAAGCUAGAGUUGCUCGAUUGAAGGCUGAGAAGAAAGCUAAAUCGGAUAAGAAAAUCAAAGCCAAGGAGGCUUCCACAGCAGAAACUAUGGCAAGUAAUGGCGAAAAGGAUGCUCUGGAAGCUGGACCGUCAAAACCGAUCACCGCCGUUAAACCAGGCAAUACGUCACAUAAGCCAAUCAUUCCGAACAAGAGAGCUCUUAUCAGUGACAAAAUUGGGGACGAUCCGACGUUCAAAAAGUCGAAGCAGGACUACAGUGUGGCUAAGGACCCCAAAGCUACGGCGGUCUACAAAUCGCUUUUCACGAGCCAUGACAGCGAGAAAGAUCAGAAAAGAGCGCACUGGGUUACUUACAAUCCUUUUUACAACUGAUUAUUAUUACAUGCUUUCAAUUUAAUACUAUCAAUCUAGAAAUAACGGCUUUGGUAUUAUAAAUAUAUGUUUUUGCCUUUCUCGUA